AUGAUUUAUCGUGAGCGGCAUUGUCCUCCUCAAGAAGAAAAGUUGCAUUGCCUAAUUCCGGCACUGAAUGGUUAUGCAACUCCAUUUCCAUGGCCAAAGAGUCGUGAUUAUGUUCCCUAUGCCAAUACCCCAUACGAGAGCUUGACAGUUGAGAAGGCUAUUCAGAACUGGAUUCAGUUCGAGGGUAAUGUAUUUAGGUUCCCUGGUGGAGGAACUCAAUUUCCUCAAGGAGCUGAUAAAUACAUUGAUCAGCUUGCUUCAGUGAUACCAAUCGAAAAUGGAACUGUUAGGACUGCACUGGACACUGGUUGUGGGGUUGCAAGUUGGGGUGCAUAUCUUUGGAAGAGAAAUGUUGUACCAAUGUCAUUUGCGCUAAAGGACUCACAUGAAGCCCAGGUUCAAUUUGCUCUUGAAAGGGGUGUUCCCGCUGUAAUUGGUGUUCUUGGAACAAUCAAGAUGCCAUAUCCAUCAAGAGCUUUUGACACGGCUCACUGUUCUCGCUGUCUAAUUCCUUGGGGAGCAAAUGGCGGAAUUUACAUGAAGGAAGUUGAUCGUGUUCCUAGACCUGGUGGCUACUGGGUGCUUUCAGGCCCUCCCAUCAAUUGGAAGACAAACUUCAAAGCAUGGCAGCGCCCUAAGGAGGAGCUUCAGGAAGAAUAG